GUUGGAUAAGUCGAAAUUAUGACCGAUGUACUUGCUGAAAGCAGCAUGUCCAACGCAGUUCAAAGACCAAACCCAUAUGGCGUUGCGGCUCACGCCGCUUCAGCAUGUCUCCCUGCUCCCGUCUUCUUGCAUCAGCUAGGCAGAACUGCGGCGUCGAGAAACGUCCUAAACCGCUUCGGUUCAUUUCCGAACAGCCACAUCCGCUUUAUACGCUCCAUCGCUCUACGGCACGGAAGGCUUUUUCUUAAGCGCCCUCUGUAAGAUGGAAGACUUGCCUUACACACUUCGAUGAAUCAGGUAACCAUGUGGCGUGGAGUUGGUGGAGCAGGCUUGAUAUAUAGCUCCUCAGUGCACGAUGGGACCAUGUUGAACUACCAGCAGUUCGCAGUGCCUUUAUGUCAUUAGAGCAGUUCUCAAAGCUUUCUCUGGGGGAUGCUAUGGUUACGACGCGAGCUGGGACCGCAAAGGCGGCGAGAGCCAGUAGGUCGCUGCAGGAUCCUGACCACGAUCAUCCGCUUCCGUCCAUCGAAUCGUCGCCGCCCGUUUCGCCCACGCCUUCUCUUGUUAUAUCGACCAACAACCUGCAGUACAAUGUCUCGGCUUUCGACAGCGACUUGCGUAGGCGGGCCAAGAGGGGGCUAGAAGAGAAUGAGAUUAGGAUGAAGUACUGUGCGGUCUCCGACGAUGAGCACAGUCCAGAAGGAACAAAGUACUUCUAUAUCGACGAUGACAUUACCGUAGCUAUGGGUGGAAAGCUGCGACGACCGAGGUGCGACCAGAUCAUGUCGACGGUCCCAGAGAGCAUCCAGGAGCAGCCUCUUGAGCUAUCCCCGGAUGGCUCCAUGAUCCAAGACGUGAAGCCAGCAGAGAUCCUCGACGACAAAAGCCUGGCCUCGAUUGCCACCGAUUUGAAAUGGGUGAUGCGGGACGAGGACCUCCCCGAAGACGACGACGACACGCGCGAUGCAGUCAUCACCAUGCUCUCCGUCUUUGAACCGCAAGACGCGCUACCGGGAGAGUUCAAAUACCCCGAGUCGCCACUGACGUCUGAACGGUCGAAGAAAUACCAGGAGUUUGCCGAUCUAUUCACUCAAUACGCAACCCGAGACCCGGGCCUGUAUCUGCAAGUGCGCAAGAUCAUCGACCCAGACUUCCAGACCCGCGUAUUCUUCGAGAAGAUUGACACGCGUGUGAACUUGACCUUCAACGCCUUGGACGAGUACAUUACCCAUGGACCUACCAAUGCCUCCCCCGAGGCGCUCAGAUUCGACAUCCCCAGCUGCGCCAAGAAGCUCCGGGCGCUCGUCAAGGCCAUUGCAGACUUCUACCAGGAGCAAAUUGACGACGAGCGAGAUGCGCGGGACGUGGCCGUCAGAGCAGCAGCAGCGCUCGUGACGAUUCUCGACCGCGUCACAGACCGCAACGUCAACGCCUACGCGGACAUCACGUGGGGGAUGGAAGCCCCGUCCGACGCAGCGGAGACGAAUCUCUUCAUCGCGUUGGUCGAGGGAACGGCGGCGGGUGGGGCGGCGCCGUUUGUCCUCAGUGCGCUCAUGGCGCUGCCGCAGGACGAUGUGCAUCGGAACCACUGGGAGACGCUCCAGAGCAUCGAGCAGAAACUCGACCAUCCCCAUACGCCGCCCGAGUAUAUGACUGCGUUCCGCAAGGUUGUGUAUGAAAGCCGGAAGCGUGCGGCUUCGGAGGUGCGCGAGGGCGAGUCCAAGAGGGCGAUGCAGGAGUAA